CGCUGAGUCGCUGCCCCCCUCGGCCUUCUUGCUUGGCUGGAUGAGCCUCUCUACGGCAGCACAGCUGUGCACGGCGCCGUCAUACAAGGUGUCCCCCGCGGACUUGGCGAUGACUGCGGCCCGCUCUGGGUAGUACAUGGAAGCAGUGGCCGCCAUCAGACCAGUCGGGUAGAUGAGCUUCUUUACCCGGGAGCGUCUUGCGAAAAGCAGCCCUAGGACCCCGGUGAAGCCGAUUAUGCCAACCCGGGCCAAGACGUCCCCCGGCGGGUCUUUGAGAAACGUGACAGUGUCACGUCCAAACUGGACCGCACUUUGAAUCUUCGGUUCGAGUUGACCGUAAGUGGAACGACACCAAGCCGCGUACGGCUCCACCGCUUUACGGAGGGUGGCGACACUUCGCUCCAGUUGACCCGCUUCCGGUUCCUCGGACGCGGCUUUCUCUUGAAGUGGAGCGCGGUACAGAGAGAGAUCAUCCCGUUUGAGAGGCGCUGACUGCUUCUUUAAGUCACCGCCAGCGGCCAUGACGGUAGCUGGCCACAAGUUAAGGUUUUCCUGUGACGUCACCGGUUACUACGGCAACCACGGCGUCUCCAACUCAACGCGUCAACAGCAACAAACAUUCAGGCGCUGUCUGCUUUGCUUUCCAAUCAACAAGAAGAAGAUGAUGAUGACUAUACAAAUGUGUCUCCUUAUGCAAAGAUGGGUCCAGGAAACAUUGGCCCCCCGCCCAAAAAGGACAAAGAAGUGCUGCCUGUGUACGUGAAGAAGAACAGCAAAGAUGUGUGGAGCGAGGAGGAAGUGGCCGAGGGCCCCCUGUAUGACGAUGUCACAGACCCACGGCCACAGCCCGAAUAUGAAAUCCUACUCCAGCAGAGUGUAGGGACAGAAGAUGUUUUUUUGGGCCUCAGCAGGAAGGACCCAUCCUCCAUGUGCUGUGAAGCUAUGCUGGUGAAAAUCAAACUUCCAGACAGCAAAGCAUCAGACGUGACUCUGGAUGUUAAAGAAAAGUUCCUUGACCUGCGGACACCAAAGUACAAACUGGGCCUCCAUCUCCCACACCCGGUCUUCCACCAGGAGGGCAAGGCCCAGUUCUUCAGCGAGAGGGAGGAACUACAAGUGACUCUUCUCAUGAAUCGACCCCUAGAUGCCGUCAACAUGCAGUAAGACAGAACAACUGCGGCCCCAAAGAACAUGACUGGAUGGGGGUUCUGUUACACGCCACUGCUUCCCCGGAUUAAAGAAAGUAUUAUUAUGUAGUACUUAUUGGUCCAAUAUUGACUUGAUGCAACCUUUAUUCUAAUAAUUCUAAGAAUUGUUUUUUCAUGUUUUCUAUUCAUGUCGAGAUGAUUUCUUGCUUACCUUGGCACAUGAAGCCAAGGUGUGGAUGAUUGUUUGUCUACACUAUGUGCCCUGCAACUGGCUGGCACCCACUCCAGGUUAUACCAUGCCUCUCGCCCAUAGUCAAACUGGGAUAGGCUCCAGCAUACUCUGCAAUCGCAACUCUGCUGCUUUUAGAUCAUUCAUUCAUUUUCUACUGCUUUUCCUCACGAGGGUCACGGGGGUGCUGGAGCCUAUCCCAGCUGUCAACAUUCAGUAUUUCAUAUAUAUGCUGUAUAUUUUAUCUCACACUUUGUAGAUUAAUUGAUCUCAGAUUCAUUAUUAAUCUCAGAUUAAUUAAUCUAAUUAAUUAAUUUGUAGUACAUAAUAUUUUCCAAGAGACAAAACAAGUUAGCAUUCAAUGCAUCACACAUGAAGAUACAUUCAUUGAUUCAUUCAUUUUCUACCGCUUAUCCUCACGAGGGUCGCGGGGUGCUGGAGCCUAUCCCAGCGGUCUUCGGGCGAGAGGCGGGGUACACCCUGGACUGGUGGCCAGCCAAUCACAGGGCACAUAUAGACAAACAACCAUUCACACUCACAUUCAUACCUAUGGACAAUUUGGAGUCGCUAAUUAACCUAGCAUGAUUAUGGAAUGUGGUAGGGUGGAAUUGAACCAUGGUCUCCUAGCUGUGAGGUCUGCGCGCUAACCACUAGAUCACCGUGCAGCCGCUUUUAGAUAAUUGUUGUAAAAAAAAGAUCCUUUAUGACAGGAGCACUGUGCUGUUUUUAGGUACCUACUACAAAAUAGAUCAAAGAUUGGCUAUACAGGAGCGCUCAUGAGUCUGUUGCAAAAAUACUCGCUCCAAAGAAGUGAAGUGAAAUGAAACAUUGUAAAUGCAUAUUUUUGCUAUGCAAGAUUUUCCAUGCAAAGUUAUUUUGUUUAUCAACUUGCUACUAUAAACAAUACUA